AAGAGUCUAGAAAAAAUUGUGUGGUUGCUCUAAUAUUAUAUGUAAUAAGUUUUUUCGUAUCAAAUAAUAUCGUAUUGAUUGAAAAUUCAAUAUUUAAGUUAUAUCUGUUUGGAUACAAAAUUUAAUUACUAACCAUGAGAGAAUCAGCUCAUGAAAUAAGUUUCGACGUUUGGAAGCAAUGGAUUUUAGAUGCUAUCACAAAAAUACGAUCCCAAAAGCAGCGACCAAGCGUUCAACGUAUUUGUCAAGCAAUCGGAACACAUCACAAAUUUCAUGAGGACAUUGUUGCUGAAAAAUUGGAACAAGCCGUAGAGUCUGGUGCUGUUAUUAAAGUCUAUAACAAGGGUCUGCAUUCAUACAAAGCACCUAUGGCUAAGCGUCGUAUUAAAGUUGAGAAAAAUACAAAUUUGUGCAAAAUUGUUGCAAAAGCUGUUCAUGAUUUGGGUGAAUGUGAAGGAUCAACAAUAAAAAGCAUUGAAAAUUACGUACAAAAGUUUAAUAAUGUUGAACUUGGAGAAGGAGUUGAUUUUAAAGCAGUUAUUAAAGUUUCAAUUAAAAAAGCUGUCGACACUGGUUAUCUUAUACAAGAAGGAAAACUAUAUAAGAAAGGAAGAUCUUUAACUACACCACGUAAAACUAAUAAUGUAGAAACUGUUGAAACUGGUGAUAAAAAUUGCAUGAACUGUUUGGGUAAUGCACAAAAAAAUCAAAAUGGCAUUCCGGAACCACUUAGUUCUUGCAAGGAAUGUGGUAUUUCAUUGCAUACAACUUGCGCAAACAUUGCUGGGAAAUGUAAGUCGCAAUCUUACGUCUUACUUUAUAUGUUAGUGACCAAAGGAAGUACUUGGAAUUGUCAAUCAUGUGGUCAAUGUAGUGUAUGUAAUAGUCGCGAUAAAGGUCCCUGCUUGCUUCAAUGUUCUAUCUGUAAAAAUAAUUUUCAUUUAACGUGUUUAGAUACUGUGCCUGACAAAAAACCCAAACAUCCUUACAGAUGUAAAAACUGUACCAGAAAUAACUACGAUUUGAGUCGCGUUAUUGUAAAAAAGGAGGUUAUGGAUUCGCCAAGGAAUCGUAAUGCUAAUAUGCUACAAAAGGGUAGUGAAUAUUCAAUUUCAAGCGGUACUGAAAGAAAAUGGGGAAAUUCUAGAUUAAAAGAAAGGAAGACAACAAUACUUGCUUCUAAACGUAUAAACUUGGAUUCAAUUGAUAACCCAACAACGUCGCAACUCAUAAAAUUGGAAUUAGAUAAGAGCAAAAAUGUCAGAACUAGUGAUAGAGCUAUAUCAUCUUUACAUCUAUCCAAACAGAAUUUAACAUUAGGCUCAGUAUUGGGUGGAGAAAAAAAAAUGAAAUUAAGUGGUUCUAUUAAAAUGGAUCCUGAUAACAAACAAAUUAGUCGAAAGCGUACAUUAUCUGAAGUAUCGACAUCAAGUUCUUCAAGUGAUAGUGAUGAUGAUGACAAUGCAGAUUGUAAUGACCAUGAUGGAACUUCAUCUGGUUCCUGUUCGUCAUCUAGUUCUGCAACUGACUCCAGUGAAAGCAGCAGCGAAAGUACUGACUUUGAUAAUGAUGACGAUGAGAAUGAUGAAGAAAAUGAUGAUGAUUAUGAUUCGGACAAAAGUGAUACAAAAUCAAAUAUAUUUACACAAAACAAUGUGCUGAAAGAAUCAGAAGGUAAUAAUGUCUUUAACAACAAAGAACAAAAAGAUCAAAAUUGGGGAUUUGCUGCAGUAGCAAAAAAUAAAACUGAUAUAUUUUCGAAAUGUAAAAAUGAAAAAGAUCAAUGUUUUAAUAAACCUAAAUAUGGAAAUAUGACAAAUGAUCUAAGAAAAAUAAAUUCAAAUAAUGACGUUUCACUUGGCUCUGAUCCAAAGCAAUUUGUAGGAUUAGAGGAAAAACAAAAAGAUAACAUAUUUACAUUUAAUACAAAUCGUUUUAAUAUAGAAAAUAAAAAAGAUAUUCGAAAUAAAGUUUCAACUGAAAUGAAGUCGAAAUCAACACUUAAAGACAACUCCCAAAAAACUUUCAGUACAGUAAAAAAGAAGUUUGUAGAACUAAAAUCAGCACCGUUGGAAAAUAGAAGUGUAUUUUCCUCCCAACAAGAAAACGAAGUUCCAUAUUUGGCAAAAACAUCGGUUAUUAAAUAUCAAAUGUUAAAGGAGAUGGAUUAUUCUAAAGAAGGCGAUAAUGAAGAAUUGUUAAAAGCAGAUAAUGAAGAUUAUAAUACAGUGAAAAAGGAAGAAUUAAGUGAACGAUUUGAAAGAAAUUGUUUUGAUAUGGAUAAACUACCUAUUGGAGUAAAAACAAGUGAUGUGACGGUAUAUCAAAAUAUUAGAGAAUCGGCAAUGAAACGAGUUGCAGAAGACCUAUGUAAAUACCCAAAUAUGGAUGCCAAAGUAUCACCAAACAAAUGUGUUUCGGAACGAUGUCCUGCAUCAAUAGAAAUAGGAAAAUGGCAUAUUGAUACUUGGUAUUCAAGUCCUUUUCCUCAAGAGUACGCCAGAUUACCGAAAUUAUAUUUGUGCGAAUUUUGUCUUAAAUAUACAAAAAGUAGAUCUGUAUUGGAUAGACAUCAAAAUAAAUGUACAUGGCGUCAACCACCUGGUACAGAAAUUUACCGGCAAAAAGAUAUAUCUGUAUUCGAAGUUGAUGGCAAUGUUAAUAAAAUAUAUUGUCAAAACUUGUGUUUAUUGGCGAAACUAUUUUUGGAUCACAAAACUCUUUAUUAUGAUGUGGAACCAUUUUUGUUUUACGUUUUAACCAAAAAUGAUAAGAAAGGUUGUCACUUUGUUGGAUAUUUUUCCAAAGAAAAACAUUGCUCUCAAAAAUUUAACGUGUCUUGUAUCCUAACAAUGCCACAGUAUCAGCGACAAGGAUUUGGAAGAUUUUUAAUUGACUUCAGUUAUCUUUUGAGCCGUGAAGAAGGGCAAUUAGGUACACCUGAAAAGCCAUUAUCAGAUCUUGGCCGAAUUUCUUACUUUUCUUAUUGGAAGUCAAUUAUAAUUGAGUAUUUGUAUGAUCACCGAAAUAUUCCUAAAAUAACUCUUUAUGAUAUUUCUCAAAAAACUGGUUUAACUGUACCAGAUAUAUCUUUAACGUUUGAACUAUUAAACUUUAUAAGAGUAAGAAAAAAUGAAAACGAUAUACGUUUUCAACCCGUUUUUAUAGUUGACUGGGAUGUAGCACAAGCUAAAUAUAAAAAAUUACAAAAUUCGAGGACUCGAAUACCAAUUGAAUCAGAAAACUUAAGAUGGAGUCCACUAUUAACAAAUACUAAUUCAGGAACCCUAGAAUUAGCACAACAAAAACGAAAUGAGUUUUUUAAUUAUAACGAUGGCUUAAAGGAAGAUAUGAAAACCGAAAAAAUACAGGCAUAUUCGAAACCGACUGGUAUAAAAGAAAAUUCUAAUAGAAAGAAUUGCAAUAAUUUCCGAAAUUUUCGCAGUAGUCAACUGCAAAAGCCCAAAUAUAAAGGUAUAAAUAAAAUUGAUAAAAUUGUUCAAAAGAAGUCUGAUCAAAACGAUUAUGGCUAUUCGAACUUUUUUGAGUAUGAAACAACUCAAAAUAAAACUUCUGAAAAUACAGAAGUUGCUAAAAGCAUUCCUAAUGUGCGUAAACGAGGCAUUAGUGCGGAAGUAUUUGCAAUGAAACAGAAAGGUUUUAAGAAAUAUAAAUUGGACAACAAUAUUAAUAAGGAGGAGUCAGUUAAUGAUUUCAAAAGCCCACAAACUGAUUUAUAUGAAUCCGACAGUGGAAAGCAAUUUAAUGAAAUUGUGGCAAACACUUCAGAGCAGAGUGAAUGUGUAGAGUCACAAGAAAGCUUAAAACUACCGACAAGCCGAGCUCAACGUUUGGCUAAUCGCAAACAAAGUACAAGUACAAGUACUAGUAAACAAGAGAGUACUAUUGAAAAUAAUAAUCCUGUUCAAGUGCAGAAAGAGAGUAAAGAAAAUGAAUUAAAAUCUGAGGAAACCUCUAAUAAACCCUCUGAAGUUAUAAAAAUAGAUUUGUGUGGUUUAAAGCCAUCAGACAUAGAUGAGAAUAAGCAAGUAAAUAAUAAAAAUGUGAUUCAACCAGAUUUGAAUGAGAAACCAAUUAAUACAGUUCCAAAACUUAGGGGUAAGAAAUCUGGAACAAAUUAUGAUCCAAAUUAUAUAGAUCCAAACGCGACAUGUUGCACAAAAAACCAAGAAAAUUUGAAUGAACCAACUGUCACGGAAUCUGGAGAGAAAAAUAUUUCGGAAAAACAUACUGUAACUGAUACAACUGGCACAACUAAUCAAACUACUGAAGAUCAAAGUCAAGAUAUUCCUGUUAGUAAAAAUCAAAAUAUUAGCUCUAUAGAUAAAGAAAAAGAAACUGAAAUUAAAAAUGUUAAUACGGCAUUAGAUAAUGAUGAAAAAUUUUUGGAAGCGGUAGCGAAAAAAACUAAAAAGACACUGUUUCCCGAAAUAAGCAUAACAAAUAAAUGCGAUGAAGUUGCUAAUAAUGAUUUAUCACACUCAAAAGAUACCAAAACGGAUAUAGAAUGUGACCAAAAAGUAGCACAAAUAGAAAAUGUGGAGCAAAAUAAUAUAGAUGAAAGCAAACCGAAUUCGGAAAGCAAAACUUUUGUUAGUUCAACUACAAUAGAUUUAAGUAGUGCUAGUAGUAGUAGUGCUGGUGUUAGUAGUGCUACACCUGCAGACGAACCAGUGACUAAAACUGAAAUUCAGGUAACUACUAAUAGAGAGCAGUCGGUAAUUUCGCAAACUGAGAAUGAAAAUAAUACUUUAUGUAAUCAAAAAGUAACCAAGGAAGAUGUUUUACCUUCGCAAAAAAUGGUAGCAGAACCUUCAAAUAUAAAAGAAGCAAAGAUAGAACAACCAGUUAAUGAAAAGAACCCAAAAUUGGAGAACACUGAAAAUUCAAAUGUUUUGGAUACAAAAAAUAAUAAUAAUAACGGUUCAAAAAACUUGGAUUUUAAUUUAAACGAAAAUGUAACAGAGAAAAAAUAUGAAAGUAUUGUUGAAAACAAAAGUAUUGCCGAAUUUGAAAAAUUAUCUAAAAGAAAAAGCACGGAAACUUCCGCAAAUACUCCCAUGUCAACUGCUAUUAUUUCGAACGAUAAUAUCAUAAAAAAUGAUACAAAUGAAAUUAGUAAUAAAUCUUGUAAAUCAGAGGAAAAAGUUAUAGAAAAAUUGAUCGAAACUAAUCAAACGCAAACGCAACCGCAACAGCAACAAUUACAAUCACAAAGUUUUUGCGGAAGUGUAAAUAAGAAAAAUCAAAUGAAAAUAAAAUCGUCUCCGGAUUCGACGCUAAAUAAUAAACAGCAGCAUAUGGAAAAAAUGGAAAAUGAUAUUGAGAAAACAUAUAAAGAAAAACAGAGAAUAUCUGUGGCAACAUCUGCUGUAAAAAUUAAAGAGGAGGAAAAAAAUAUACAAAAUGUGUCAGCAUUACCACUCGACCCAUCAUUAAUAUCCGUUCAUGAAAAAAUGCAAUUAAAACCUGCUGAACAUACACAAAUACCUAAUUCAAUGGAUCUUAACAAAAUAACGCCUCCAUUUCAAUUAAAUCAGAUUCCAAAUUAUCCUACUUCACAGUAUUGGCAAUGGGAUUAUUACAGUUAUAAUUUUUCGCAUUUAGAAGCGACCACUCAAAAAAAUCAAAAUAAAUUUCAUAAGAAUUUAGCUACGCAGAUGGCAUAUGGACACAAUUUUACACAAAAUUUGUAUCCAUCUCCAAAUUUGGCAAUACAACAUCAUGCACAUCAACACAUGCAACAGCAUGUUAAAGAUAAACAUAGAACGGAUAAGAAAACUAAUAACUAUAAAAAAGAGGAUGGCCAUAAGGGGGUUGGUAAUGGGAAUUUAAAUGCUUUAAUGCAGGAAGAAUCUCAUGCAUGUGGUUUUGCAGAGAAUCAAACGUAUAAUCAAAAAAAUGCAUCACAAUCAAAAUCUUAUAAAGAUCAAUCACAACAUGUUAAAUCUUUGAAUUUACUACAAGAUGCUAAUACUAAAUUCUAUAAUUCAGCCUCAGCGCUUUUACCAUCAUCUUCGAUUCAAAAUAUACUUGCAGCUCAAGCAAUUUCGCAAAAAUCGAAGGAGUCAAAUAUAAGUCCAAUUCCAGUUUCAACAGAUGAGUCCAAAUCAAAAUUAUUACACCAACAACCAGUGGUUUACAACAGUGAGCAAUCUAAUAAUAAUUCUAACAUGCAUAACUAUGAAUGCGGUAUGAAUGUACAGAUGAGCAUUGAUUCCCCUGCAAGUAUUGGAAGUGAUGUUACACAAGGUUCUGUUGAAGCAUUGCCAGCAUCCAAUAUACAAAUGCAUCAGACACAACAAUUUCCCGAUUGCUCCAUGCACAAUCAAUCGUCAAGUACACCCAUGCAUAUGGCAAUUCAUACAUCUAACGUUCAACAACAGCAACAAGCUGGUAUAAAUAUGAACUUGCCAACAGCAACUCAAAACAUCAAUAUUCUAAAUAAUGCUCAGCACUCUCAACAACACAGAAAAGUUUCUGCACAGAGUGAAAUUGUUACCAGUGUCUCAAAUUCUACUCAGCGGUCGUCUCCCUCAAAGUUAAUUCGUAAUGUCAACACGUCGACUAGUAAUCAAUAUCGUGUUGCUAAAAAUGGCUCAUCAGGCAAUUCGUCAUCGUCUUCAGUUACGCAACAACAGGGUUUAAAUAAUCAUCAAAGUGUCUCACAGGCACACCAGGAACAAAUGCAUAAUAUGCAGUUUUCACAACUAGGAGAUCAACAUGGACACAAUCAGAACAUGCAACAUGUAGAUUAUAUUUCAUUACCACAACUAAGUCAAAAUUAUGCCGGAAAUUCUUCGUCAUCAUAUGAUUUAGUUUCGAUGCCUGCAGUUUUACAGCAACGUAUGACACACCCUAUUUCCAGUCCACACCAACGACAAGACCAAUCACCAUCAGCAUGUGCAGUUAAUAAUCUCUAUUUGCAAAAUAAUGUUAACUCAAAUCAUGCAAUUAGUACUCCUUCUCGUAUACAAGAAUCUGUUUCGUCGUCCUCUACAAUUUCAUCUGGGGUAUCUUCAACAUCAGCCAAUAGCGACCAGCAAUUGUCAAAUAACUCAUCCGAUACAAUGACCAGUGCAAGUAAUUCGGGUGAGACAUCCACUUUAGUUGGAAAUCUAUGCAGUCUGUCUAAGUUACAGCAAUUAACAAAUGGUUUAGAUGUACAACCGUGCAACACUUCUCCAGCAGGUCAAGUUAAUUUGACACCACCACCUCAUCAUCCAUUGCCGCAUAACUCGAUGACACCACCACCGCAUUUAUUAGUAACGCAGAAUAGAAAUAUUACUACACCCCCAAAUAUGUUACAGAGUCAAAUGACAUCUCUGCAGUAUCACAAGUAUUAUUCCACCAAUAUGAAUAUAGGUCAAAUUUCAGGAGCACCUACACAAAAUGUUAGCAGAACUACACGUAACACACCUUCUGCGCCAGUUCAACAUAUAUCUGCUGCUGCUUCCUCAGCUUCAUCAUCGAGCCGUACGACAAAUGUACAUAUUAGUCCAAAUUUAAUGACACCGUAUAGUGCAAUUAAUGGCUAUAGAAUGUCAAGUCAACAGUCUGGUGCGACAUCUGGCUAUGUAUCGGCUAGUGAAUAUCCAAAUUCUCAAAUACCAAUGCAAAUGGGUGUUAUGAAUAUGCAGACACAAUUCCAAGAUGCUUGUGCACUCCAACGCGCGCAGCAGAAUCAGAUGUAUUCAACGUACUCACCUUAUAUUCCACUAAAUGGAUCUAUACGAAGAUAAAUUGUAAUCAUUUUAUAAUUAAAAAUUGUUUUAUUUGUAGUUAUAAUUAACAUGUAUAUAUUAUAUAUCUCAGUGUUA